AUGAUGAAGAUGGAAAUUGUAUUUCUACUACUACCACUAUUGACAUUCAAAUGGGGAACAUUAGCGAUGAAAUAUGAAUCGAAGGUAGAGAACCAUGAUCUUAAAGUAGCACUUAGCGAUAACUUUAUCGUCGGCGUUUCGAAUCUUCGAAAAACUUAUAUUUUUUAUUCGAUAUCGAAUGUAAUUCAAAAUUCGUCAUGUAUCAUUAACAAUCCACAUAAUGAACUUAAUAUCUACGGUCUUUCAGUCUUAACAAUGAAGCAAAAUAAUAUUAUCUCUUUCGUUCAACUUGCCGAAAAUAAGACAUCUAAAUCUGUUGUAGUAACUCGAAUCACUGUGAAUUUAACGAUAUGUGGUAGUAAUCUAAAACCACAGCCUGUUUUUCGUCAUACAACAGUAUGGAACGAAGGUCAUCAGGAACAUAUGUUUCUAAAAGUUGAUCCACGAGAAAAAUUCGCGUAUGUCUUUGCCGAUGCAUUUAUACUUUCUUAUGACUUAUCUUUCGAUAAAAUCAAUCAAAUUAAUAGAACUAAUUCUAUCGUUUUCGGUAACAGUUAUGGAUCGUUUACUCCUUAUGCAUUUGAUCUAAAGAAUGAUUGGGCUGCUGUUGCAGGAUUUCAUUUAAUUCAAAAUUAUUCUCGAAGUAAACAAUGUCUUUAUAUAUUUGGACUUCAACCACUACGUAUAAUUAAUAUAAGUGCUAUCGGUGUUAAUGAUAUUCAAGGAACUGAAAGAACUAGCUAUACUCAAGAUUAUGAAAUGUCACUUUCAAUUAAUCCUUCAGGAACGACAAUAGCUAUUGGUGAAAUUCAGCUAAAUAAAGUGACAAUUGCGUAUAUGAGUGGUAAUAAAACAUUUCGAUCCGUUUCAAAAUUUCAUGAGAUUAGUGAAUUGGAGAAUUGGACCGGUUUUGGUCGUUCAGUUAGCUGGCUCAAUGAUGAUGAAACACUCGCUAUUCUCGUGCUUAAAACGAUGAAUCAUAGUUCGUCGCAAUCGGAAAUACAAGUAUAUAAAAACAUAUUUCUUAAUCGAACUCGUGGUUCAAUUGUACCUACCUUUGUUAUCCCGAAUACUCAACAGACUUUGAAUGAUAUUCAACGCUCAAAAUCCUGGAGUAAACAUUCUUUCCGUCGUAUUCGGACACGCUCGAACAGUUUGUUAAUUCAGCUGAAAAAUGCUGAUAUCAUAUAUAUUCCAUCUGCUGCUGCUGGCUUUUGUUCGAUGGAGCUCGUAUUAAUUAACUUGCUAAAUCUGUAUGUCUUACAACCAAGACCAUGUGUGAGUGGAUCUUAUAAAAAUACAUCUGGUCCUGGUCCGUGCACGGUUUGUCCAUCACGUACAAAAAAUCCUGGAAAUUAUCCGUCAAUUCAAUGUCGACCUUGUAAUUCAACUGCGUUUUGUCCAUUGGGUGCUAGUGACGAAAUCAAUUUAACUGACUUUAAUUCGUAUAUUCAAACAUUCAGUUAUCCAGAUACACCUAUUAUCGAUGAUUACGAUGAUUUAUUAUUAUUAAAAUUUUUUCCUUCUAAUAUGAAAUGGAGUUGUUUGAUUUUUACACCUCUUUUCUGGACUCUAAUGGCUACCAUACUAUGUUUAAUGGUGUGGUUUAUUAUGUUUCUUAUCAAACGACGACGUCCAAAUCCAGUCGAUAUCUACCGUCAACGAGCAAAGAUCGUUUUAAAACAUACCGAUCUUAUUGGCGAAGGAGAACGAUGGAUUGGUGGUCUCGCAUCAAUCGUCAUUUUUACUAUUAUCGUAUAUUGUACUAUAUUUGCUUUCUUUUACUUCUCUUCAUAUCCGAUCGAGACAGCAGAGGCAGUCGACAGAGCAUGUGAUAACAAUCAGCGAAAUUCAAAAUUCGAUAAUGCACUUCAACUGCCCUUACCUGAAACUGAUGGUACUUAUUGGAAAAUAUUCGAUAUGCUCAACAAACAACCGUUCGCUAUGACUAUACAUCUGAUAAAUACACGAGCUCAGUGCAAUGAUAUCAUUGUUGAACGUAACAGACGUACGGGUACUCCUUUAUCAGUAGUCGAAACAAACUGUACACUAUCACCAAACAAUGUUAGUGGUUCGUUUAGUUUUGAUCUACCUACUCAUAAGUCCUUUGUUCGAGUUGGUAUCAAUGGGCCGUACUUUAUCGGAGCACUUCGUCUUUGUCUACAUGGAAAACCUUCUGUCGAAGAUGAAGAUUCCGCGGUACAUGAUUUACACAAACUUGAUGUAUGUACUCUUUUCUAUACAAAUAAUCAAACUAUUGGACUCUCGACUGAUUUCAUUGUACGUCUCAUCAAAGUUAUUAAUGUAACAAAACCACUAAAACGAAAUGAUAGAACUUUAUAUGGUGGCAUUUGGACACCAUUUAUUACGUAUACCGAUAUUCUCUCGGAUGAAUUGUAUUUUGCGGAAAAGGGAGAAUACUUGCGAUAUUCUUCUAAACAAAAGACUAUUAAUAUUCAUUUUGAAGAAGAAAUCUAUUUUGUUCAAAAUAAUCAAGCACCCAUUAUUCGUCGAGGAGCACUUUUCUUUCAUACAGUGCUCUUUAGUUUUUCACUUAUAGAAAUAUUUGCGAUGAUUUUUCUUCUUUACAAACUUUGGUUUCAUCCCAUCCGUCGACGUAUUCUAACAUCUCAUGACGAUCUAGCUGAAAAUGAAUUUCAGUCGCACAUAGCUAUAGAUUUGAAUUCACAGUUAUCACAAUCAUCGAAACUACGAACGCUAUCUACGACCAAGAGUGCAAAAUGGCGUUGGAACCGAAAAGUGAAGACCAAUCAAAACAUCCAAAAACGCCAACGUACAAAGGAUGGUGCAAAAUUCUCAACGAAGUCAGAGAUUGUUGAAUGCUUGGACAACCCGUUAACUUCACCGUCUCCUUUAAUGACUUCAUUAAGUACUAUUGCUAAUGUUUCUUAA